AUGUACAACCGUUUGCGAAAACCAGACGCAAGCAGCAAACGUAAACGUUUCAACAACGAACAAUGGAGAGAAAGUUGUAGCAAGAGUUUUGAGAAACUUGAUAAGACAGAUGUUAAACAUUUAUUUGAAGCCUUGAGACUUGGAAAGAUUCAUCUAGUGAAAUUUAUUUUGGACGCAACGGAAAAUAAACUACAGAAUUGUCGAGAUAUAGACGGUCGGACUCCUUUAAUAGCUAGCUGUUUACUCAAGGAAGAAUCAACUCGGGACCAGUUGACGAAGUUACUUCUGGGGAAGAACGCCAACGUGAACCUGGUAGAUAGUGACGGGCGAAGUGCCUUGAGUCAUGCUUGUGAGAGAAAAUGUAACGAUAUAGUCUUGAUGUUGAUUCAAGUUCACAAUAUAGACCCUGAUUUUCCCGACAAAUCCGGCAAUACUCCUCUGAUAUAUUGUGCUCGAGAAGGAAAUGACGUAGCUCUUGAGAUCUUGGUAAAAAGUUUCCGGAGACUCGGACUGAAGGUAGAUCACGUCAAUGAUCAAGGAUUCUCUGCUCUUCUGGAAGCCGCCCGCAAUACCAACUUAACCUGCGCUCAAAUUCUAGUUGCGCAAGGACGAGCCCAAAAGAGUCUUCGAGACAAACAAACUGGACGCACGGCUGCCGAAUGGUUUCAGUCGAAAGGUUACGAACGAUCUGAUUUAUCAUUCUUGUGUGGAAAUGCAAAAUUUGUCCGAGCAGUAAAACUUACGUCAAUCCUGAAAAGCAAAACCUUUGGAGUCGCGAAGCCGGCUGCUACUCAGAAGAGGCACAGCAUCGUUGAGACCCACGAAAAAAAACGAGUGAAACACCGUAGUAAGAGUGUUACACCGCGACCUAAAGAUGUCGGGCUCUGUGAGCUUCGUCGGAAAGCGAGAUACCACAAGCAACGUUCUGCUGACUCGCAAGCCAGGGACGUAGUGUUAGAAGCAGAUGGUCCUGUUACCAUGGUCACAACAGUCAUUUCAACGUUAACAGAAUUUGGCAAACUUUCUCUGAACGAAGACAGGAAAGCCCAUAAAGAAACUGCGAGCUCUGUGGAGUCUAGUGACGAGAUGAAAGCUCUACUUCCGGUUUUGUCGACCAUACCGAUACCAGCUUCUGAAACACACGGCGAUUCUGAAUUCCUAUCGAUUGGAAGAACCGAUAUUUAG